CUCAUCUUCACUGUGCAGGAGUUUUAGGUUUAGUUUCUCUUUCCUGUGGGUCAGACCAUUUCUUCUUCUGCCUCACAUAUGCAGCUCUGGCAGACUUGAGAGAAGAGAAGCAGACAAGACCCUGUGAGCCUGAGAUUAACCACUGCCUCUGUUCUCAGCAGGAUCUUCAGCUCGGAACACCUGGAAAGAUAAUGAUACUAAAUCUGGGAUGCUUUCCUCUCCUCCUAAUGCUGCUGGGACUAUGGAACACAGUGUGCCCACUUUGUGCUGUGCCUGAGAGGCUCACCAAGGCUCAUUGGUUUGAAAUCCAGCACAUACAACCAGGUCUUCUCCAAUGCAACAGGGCAAUGGGUGGUGUCAACAAUUAUACUCAGCACUGUAAGCCUGAAAACACCUUCCUGCAUGACUCUUUUCAGAAUGUAGCUGUUGCCUGCAAUAUGCCCCACAUCAUUUGCAAGAAUGGCCAGAACAAUUGCCACCAGAGUGCAAAGCCUGUUAACAUGACCAAAUGCAAACUCACUGCAGGGAAGUAUCCUCACUGUCGCUACAGUGAUACUGAAGAAUACAAAUUCUUCGUUGUUGCCUGUGACCCCCCUCAGAAGAGUGACCCUCCCUAUCAGUUGGUUCCUGUACACUUGGAUAAGCUCAUCUAAGGUUUUGCUCACUUUCCUCUCAUCGGACACAGGUUCUCUUAAAGUUUCUUCUGCUUUGUCUAUUCUUUUGUUGAUUUUCUUGUAUCCAUGGAAGAGAAGGAAGGUGUUGGAAGAAUUUGAGUAUCUAGGAUACCAGACUAGAGUUGGGACAAAAAGAAGUAGGAUUUUUUUCUGCUUUGGAGUUCUGUCUGUUUUGAGAGAAGGCAAAUAAGGAAGAGGGCAAAGCAUCAUCCAGGCCUACAGAUUUUUAACCUUGGGACUUUUUCCAAACUUUAUAAAACUACACUCACAGCAAU